GGAAUAGGGGGCGGCACCGGGAAUGGGCUCCUGGAAUGGGGGGGCGGACCCGAGAGGGCUCCCGGCGCGGACAGCCCCGGGGCCACGGGGGGAAUCUCCGGGUGCAGGAUGCGGAGCAGUCCCGGGGGCGCGGCCGGCGGUGCCCCGGUGGGUCCGUGAGCCCCGGUCCGUGUCGCAGCGUGUCGCAGGUGCCGGUGGCCGAGGGCAAGAGCGUGCAGCAGACGGUGGAGCUGCUGGCGCGGCGGCUGGAGGCGCUGGGCGCGGACAAGCAGGGGACGUUCGGCGUGGACUGCGAGACCUAUCACACCGCGGCCACCCUCGGCACGCAGGGGCAGACAGGGAAGCUGAUGUACGUCAUGCACAACUCCGAGUACCCCCUGAGCUGCUUCGCCCUCUUCGAGAACGGGCCCUGCCUGGUGGCCGACGCCAACUUUGACACCCUCAUGGUGAAGCUCAAGGGCUUCUUCCAGAACGCCAAGGCCAACAAGAUCGAGAGCCGCGGCACCCGCUACCAGUACUGCGACUUCCUGGUGAAGCUGGGCACGGUCACCAUGGGCCCCAGCGCCAGGGGCAUUUCCGUGGAGGUGGAAUACUGCCCUUGUGUGAUCGCCAACGACUGCUGGAACCUGCUGAUGGAGUUCAUGCAGAGCUUCAUGGGCAGCCACACUCCCGGCAUCCCGUCGGUGUUUGGCUCCAAGCACGACAGCACCUACAGCCCCGGGGACACCAUGGUGCAGUACAUGGAGCUCUUCAACAAGAUCCGCAAGCAGCAGCAGGUGCCCGUGGCUGGCAUCAGGUGAGGAGCGUCCCCCGCAGCUCCUGACUGCAUCCCCACCCUGCCUGCAUCAGGAGAACAUCCAGAAUGUGCCACGGGAGUUGUUCCUGCUGGGGCUUUCCCGUCUCAAAGCUGUGCCGCGUUCUCCGUAAGCAGAGAUGUCAGAACUCUGCUCGUGUGCCUGAAGUGUGUGCUGGGAUCCCUGGGGAUUCCUGGGCUUUAUUAAUUCUGGGUGUCCUCCACGGUCUGGGAUUCUUGGAUCCGUUGGUUCUGUGGUUUUUUGGACAGCGUUUCGUGCAGGGAAAAGAGAAAUUCCAGAAGAUUACAGCCAUCUCUUAAAUUUCUAUUUUUUUUUUAUAUCCACAUUGGUGUUUUGUUGUAUUUCAUCCCAAUAAAAGGCUGGAUUUUGGGAGGAGGAGUUGUCCCAGCACAGUGAGGGUUGUGUUGUAAAUUUCCAGGCUUCCCUUGGAUUUCCUUCAAGAGCUUUAUGCCCUCAAAGCAAACAUUUUCCUGUGAAAAAAAUCCAGCAAUCCUCUAAUUUUCCUGUUCCUGGCACGUUCUUACCUUGCCUUCAUCCUCUGUAGCUGAUGGGAAUGUCAAAAUCUGCUGCCUCCCAAUGAAGGCUCUGGAUAAAUUAAAAAAUAAAAUAAAUAAGCCUGGCAGGAGCAUUGUCUGGCACUGAGAGAAUUCCAGCUGCUUUAUCCCAUUGUUUUUAAGGUAGAUAAUAAAUAUCCUGUCCCUGCACACCAUUUGAGAAGUCCUGAUGGUUUCAGAGUCAAUGGAAUAAGGAAGGAUUUGGGCACUAAAAGCCAAAAAUUCAUUGUAAGACGUAAUGAUAUCACUUGAAUAUAUUUUUUCCUUCAUAUUUCUGGGAAGGCACCAGCAUUAAAAAAAAAAAUUGUUGGUUCCUUGCCCAUAAGGGUCUGAACAGCAAAGAAAACAGAAAUAAUUUGUCUUAAACAGGUUUUUUAUAUGAAGCAAAAAGGAAAAAAAAGCUGAUUUGUGGCUUGAUUUUCUGGCUGAGAAUGGUUUUGUUGUUUUUUUUUUUAUAAAUAUGAUGCUCUAUUGUUUAUACUUGUAAACCUAAUUAACUGUUAAAGUGCUCAGAGCUUUCA